AUGUUAUUCUUAUCAUUAUUUAUAGGAAAUUGUGUGGCUUCACUCAAUCUGACAAUUGGAAUCGAUAUCACCAACAAGGAAUCCUUAGCAUACUUGGGAAGACUAGAAUAACAUUAUGAAUAGUUCGAAGAAAAAGGAUGUAAGACUUGUAUCCAUUAAUUAAGUAAUCCUAAACAUCGUAAAUCACAUCUUGCCAUGUUACACUUGCUAACAAAGACAUAAUUACACUUAACCUGAACCAAAUUGCUUUGGAGGAGGUAGAUAUUGUUGUAAGCAAUUAUGUCUUCAAAUCUAGAAUUCUCCCCUUAUGCCAAUGGUCAAUUGUUGCUUACAGAAAUUAUCAGGUAGAAUUGCUUAUUUACAGCAAGUGUAUACUUAUAUUUAAGUUACAUCAAUCUAUUUUCAUAAGAUUGCUUAGAGAAUCCACAUUACACAUUUUGCUCCGAGAAUAUUUUGAAGAAUAUCAUUAAUUACAAUAGUACAGAACUAGAUGAAUGCAUUAAUGCUAGCUUCAAAGGACAGGGUGACAAAGCAUUGCUGGAAAAUUACAUAUUGUCUAAAGAAAUGAAUAAAUAAUAUAAUUAGAGUUUCCUCACUGUAUUUCUAGAUAGCAAGGACAUUACAAAUUAACCAUUUAAUGAAAUGAUUGUCUAACUAUGUUAGAAAUUGCAUAACGAUCCACCUGAAUAUUGCAAUAUCUAUUCGGUAGUUGAAAAAAACACCACCAUACAAUUAGACGAAUAAAUCUUUUUUUAUCUAUUUAUAGUAAUACUCAUACUCUUAAUUUUGAUAUCCAUAAGGAUGUUAAAGAAAGUAAACUAUGUGAUUUUGAAUAAAACCUCAAUCCCUGUCGAAGAGACUAUUGGAAUUAUCUCAGAGGAAAAUGUGCAAUGA